CCAUUCCUGACUUUGAUAGGUCGCUUGCAAUUUAAAAAUUAGGCCGGCAGCGAGUGAAUCACACAAACGGGCGCACCGAUGUGGUGUGUAGCUUUUUCCUUUUAUCAACUAGUAAAACCUAGCCCCAACAUUCGAGAAGCACACACUCCCGCCCCACCUGUAAGUAACAGAUGAGGACGACGGAGGAGGAGGAGCCUCUACAACCGCUGCUAUCUGGGAGGGCGCAGAAGAAGAAGCAGAAGUUCAAAGCGAAGAAGGCGCAGAAGAAGGCCUUGGUGAAGGAGCAGAAGAAGAGGGAGGGCGAGCGGAAGCGGAAGGAGUGGGAGGGGAGGGUUGCGGGGUUGUCGGAAGAGGAGAGGGAGAAGCUGAUUGGGUCGAGGAACGGGUCGAGGAAGGAGAGGAUGGCGAAGAAGUUGGAGGAGAGAGAGAGUAAGGUCAAGAGGCUCAACGACGCCAAAACACACGGCCAGAAUAUUGUUGUUGACCUUGAAUUCGUCAGUCUCAUGACUCCGUCUGAGAUCAAUAGCCUCGUCCACCAGAUUUUGAAUUGCUACGCGAUGAAUGGAAGAUGCAGUUCCCCUGGCCACCUCUGGUUAACUGGCUGCCAUGGAGAAAUGGAGAUUCAAUUGCAAAGGCUCCCAGGGUUCAAUAAGUGGAUAAUAGAGAAGGAGAACCGACCCUAUAUUGAAGCGUUUCAAGAUCGUAAGAAACGUCUGGUAUAUCUCACAACAGAUUCAGAAAAUAUUCUGGAGGAACUUGAUCCAAGGAAAAUAUACAUUGUCGGUGGGUUGGUGGAGCGAAACCGAUGGAAAGGGAUAACCAAGAAGAAAGCAAAAGAGCAGGGGAUUAAAACUGCCAAACUCCCCAUAGGAAACUAUAUGAAGAUGUCUGGCUCCAAGGUCCUCACUGUGAAUCAAGUGAUAGAAAUACUCCUCAAGUUCUUGGAAACUAGGGAUUGGAAGACUUCUUUCUUUAAGGUGAUCCCUCAAAGAAAAAGAUGUGAAGCUGAUUCAGAAAAAAACCAAGGAGAUUCAAACGGAGAAGAUAACGAAGUGGCUGCUGAUCAGGUUAAGAGGAAAAAGAAGCGUGUUGAAUCUGCUGAUUAGCUUAAGAGGCAAAAGAAAUGUGUUGAAUCCUGUCCUCAUGGCUAGCGGAUUGGGCGUGGCUGAAAAAUUCUAGGUUCAGGGUCAUGACGUAGUUUCUUUUCUAUUUCUCUUCUUUUCCAUCAACAAUUGUUAGCAUAGUGCUGACCGGUAGCAUUAAAAGCGAACAAAAGGAUAUUUACGCAUUGCCAUGAAUUUGUUUCUUCCUUCUUUUUGGGUUACUACCAAAGAGGCACCUGCGAUGCAUGCAAAAGGUUUUGCCAACUGAAUGUCAUAGAUAUCUCAGUAAAUUGUUUUACUACUUACAA